GAUACAUUUCGUGCUGAAUAAGAAUUGAAGAUACUACUAAAUAAACAAGGCGAAGAGUAUUCUUAAUUUCUUCCUUCCUUGUUCUGAGAUCACCAAUCCCUACGACCCCCAACCCAAAACCCUAACCCUAGCUAUUCGAAUUCUUCGUCUGAGAGCACAAUCAUGGCGACGACGCUGGUUAGUUCGGCCGGUGGGAUGCUGGCGAUGCUGAACGAGUCCCAUCUCUCUCUCAAGCUUCACGCUCUCUCGAACCUCAACAACCUGGUUGACACAUUCUGGCCCGAGAUCUCAACCAGCGUCCCCCUCAUAGAGAGUCUGUAUGAGGAUGAGGAGUUUGAUCAACACCAAAGGCAACUUGCUGCACUUCUUGUAUCCAAGGUCUUCUAUUACUUGGGUGAACUAAAUGAUUCCUUAUCUUAUGCCCUUGGAGCUGGUCCUCUGUUCAAUGUUUCAGAAGAUUCUGACUAUGUGCAUACUCUUCUUGCUAAGGCCAUAGAUGAAUAUGCCAGUCUUAAGAAUAAGGCAGCAGAGUCAAGUGAAUCUGUUACGGUGGACCCCAGGUUGGAAGCAAUCGUGGAGAGAAUGUUGGAUAAGUGUAUCGUAGAUGGUAAAUACCAGCAAGCUAUGGGAACUGCCAUUGAAUGCAGGAGGUUGGAUAAACUAGAAGAAGCAAUUACAAGGAGUGACAACAUUCAAGGAACUCUCUCAUAUUGCAUAUAUGUCUCUCAUUCCUUUGUGAAUCUUCGGGAAUACAGACAGGAGGUUCUCCGUCUCCUUGUUAAAGUUUAUCAAAAGCUUCCUUCACCAGAUUAUCUGAGCAUUUGUCAAUGUCUUAUGUUCUUGGAUGAGCCAGAGGGUGUUGCAAGCAUCCUGGAAAAGCUUUUACGAUCUGAAAACAAAGAUGAUGCUCUGUUGGCAUUUCAAAUAGCGUUCGAUUUGGUGGAGAAUGAGCACCAAGCUUUUCUUCUAAAUGUUAGAGAUCGCCUUGCUCCACCCAAGUCUCAGUCUUCAACAUCUACUCAAGCAAAGCCAAAUGACAUAGGUUCGGAACAGAAUGCUACAGCGAGUGGUCCGGAUGACGUUCAAAUGACAGAGGGUGAUUCAGCUUCUGUUGUCAGUGUACCUGAAGAUCCAAGCGAAACCUUGUAUGCUGAGAGGCUAACCAAAAUAAAGGGAAUACUGUCUGGGGAAACUUCAAUACAAUUGACUCUGCAGUUCCUGUACAGUCAUAACAAAUCCGACCUCCUUAUUCUGAAGACAAUCAAGCAGUCUGUGGAAAUGAGGAAUAGUGUCUGCCACAGUGCUACAAUAUAUGCCAAUGCAAUAAUGCAUGCUGGAACUACUGUAGAUACUUUCCUCAGGGAAAAUUUGGAUUGGUUGAGCCGAGCAACUAAUUGGGCCAAAUUUAGCGCAACAGCUGGUCUUGGUGUUAUCCACAGAGGCCAUUUGCAGCAAGGAAGGUCACUAAUGGCACCUUACUUGCCUCAGGGUGGGACUGGUGGAGGUGGUAGUCCAUACUCCGAAGGUGGUGCUCUCUAUGCGCUUGGUCUUAUUCAUGCUAACCAUGGAGAGGGAAUCAAACAAUUUCUUCGUGAUAGCCUGCGUAGUACUUCUGUAGAGGUUAUUCAACAUGGUGCAUGUCUGGGUCUUGGAUUGGCAUCCCUAGGAACAGCUGAUGAGGAUAUUUAUGAAGAAAUAAAGAAUGUUCUAUACACUGAUAGUGCUGUAGCUGGUGAAGCUGCUGGUAUCAGUAUGGGAUUACUCAUGGUUGGAACAGGAAGUGAUAAGGCAAAUGAAAUGCUUACUUAUGCACAUGAAACACAGCAUGAAAAGAUUAUUAGGGGAUUAGCAUUGGGCAUAGCUCUUACGGUUUAUGGUAGAGAAGAAGAAGCAGACACUCUGAUUGAGCAGAUGACACGGGAUCAGGAUCCAAUAUUACGCUAUGGUGGCAUGUAUGCAUUGGCCCUGGCUUAUAGGGGAACCGCAAACAAUAAGGCCAUUCGGCAGUUGCUGCACUUUGCUGUGUCUGAUGUUAGCGAUGAUGUCAGGAGGACUGCAGUUCUAGCAUUAGGAUUUGUGCUGUACUCUGAUCCAGAGCAGACUCCAAGAAUCGUUUCCCUCCUAUCUGAAUCUUACAAUCCUCAUGUUCGAUAUGGAGCGGCCCUUGCAGUGGGCAUUUCCUGUGCGGGCACGGGUCUUAGUGAGGCUAUAUCUUUGUUGGAACCAUUGACAUCGGAUGUUGUUGAUUUUGUUCGUCAAGGUGCUCUUAUAGCGAUGGCUAUGGUCAUGGUUCAGAUCAGUGAAGCUAGUGAUUCCCGUGUUGGAACAUUUAGGCGGCAAUUGGAGAAAAUCAUUCUGGACAAGCAUGAGGAUACCAUGAGCAAGAUGGGUGCAAUCUUGGCCUCUGGGAUCCUUGAUGCAGGUGGAAGAAACGUGACCAUAAGACUACUCUCCAAGACAAAACAUGAUAAGAUUACUGCAGUGGUUGGUCUUGCAGUUUUCAGCCAGUUUUGGUAUUGGUACCCUCUGAUCUAUUUCAUAAGCUUGGCUUUUUCACCCACAGCCUUUAUUGGUUUGAACUAUGAUCUUAAGUCUCCAAAGUUUGAGUUCCUAUCACAUGCAAAACCUUCACUCUUUGAAUACCCAAAGCCCACCACUGUUCCCACCACUACAUCAGCUGUGAAACUUCCCACUGCUGUUCUGUCUACAUCAGCUAAGGCCAAAGCAAGGGCUAAGAAAGCUGAAGAACAGAAGGCUAAUGCUGAAAUUUCAUCUGAGUCUGCAUCAGUUGCUUCAGGAACUGGGAAGGGGAAGUCUUCAAGUGAAAAGGAUGGAGACGCCAUGCAGGUGGAUAGCCCAGUGGAUAAGAAAUCAGAGCCCGAGCCUUCAUUCGAGAUUCUUACAAAUCCAGCCAGGGUGGUUCCUGCCCAGGAGAAGUUUAUUAAGUUUAUGCAGGACAGCAGAUACGUGCCAGUUAAGUUGGCACCUUCAGGAUUUGUGCUUCUUAAAGACUUGCGCCCCAGUGAGCCUGAAGUGCUCUCUCUCACAGACAC